AUGACUUUGGAACCCGGUCCUGACGUGGAAGCUCUCUGCAGUAUCGCGCAAGCAGAGGAGAUGGAGCUGCUCCGGUCCAUGUAUUCUGAAGCCGAAUUAACAUUUGGGUGCUCGGCGUCAGAUCAAAGAUCUCUGCAACCAUCUUGCUUCACGAUAGGUUUAGUGUUCGACAACGAGUCGGUCAAUAUCGAAUUUCGCCUGCCAAGGGAUUACCCCUACAUAGAUUUCCCAGCGGUUUUCAUCAGAGGAAGUGAGGCAUUCCAUAAAGAUCGAAUAAAUAGUGAUAUUCGAGAAUGGAUUCAUCAACAGCAACUAGGUGUUCCACUGGUAACAGAGAUAAUUUCUUGGCUUGAUCAAAACCUCGAGAAAUACCGUGUCAAUCCCAGUGGUUCAUGUGAUGAAACGAGCAAUUCGUGUGAGCCUGCUUGCUCAGGAGAAAGCGCACGAUAUUACAUAUUGUCACAUCAUCUCCGUUCUCCAGUUAAAAAAUUCUGCAUUCGAUCGAUGACCGAAGGUUCUCCGAAUUUUCAGAAAUUCCUCCUAAUCCUUCUGGGACACCAAUGGGUAACGUUAAACGGUUACUAG